AUUCGCCGUGAUCCAACCAAAUCAGAAGCUCAAAGAUGAGCGGAAACACGAAUUUCUACUGCGGACUCGUGCUCCUGCUUCUGCUGCAAGUUCAAGGCAGACCAAGAUCUGACGACAGCCUGCAGGCCCUGACCAGACUGCUGGAAGAUGAAUAUGGACAGUAUUUCACCACGGGAGACCUGAACAAUGAAGCACCAGAAAUACCGCCAGCCGCUUCCCUUCCCGACCUCAACACUGACCAGUCCGAUUUGGAUCUCUCCUGGGACCGCGAGUCCCGAGAGAUCGCCAGCCGACCCAUCCUCGCGCGAAUCCUGAAAGACCUCAGCAACAAUCCCCUCCGGUUUAGAGGCAGAAGCAAAAAAGGACCGUCUCGGGGCUGCUUCGGCGUGAAACUGGAUAGAAUCGGGGCCAUGAGCGGCCUGGGCUGUUAGCAACUUGUUUAAAGGGUCUGACUCCAAGAGCAACACUGCCGGCACCGCCUGCUCAUCGACCUCCCCGCAUACAGCUCACUCUUCCAAUUUGUUGCUCCACUAUCUUCGACCGAUGGCGAGUAGCGUCCCACCUGUAGACUGUUUACAAGCUCGGAUUAAAUCCUUAAUGUACAUACAGUGUCAGCUGCUAUUUAAACAAUACUUAAUUUUAUUUAUAUUAAUUAUGAAACUAUUUAUUUGUAACGUGUUUGUUUUUCUGUUGCUACGACACUGACGGUCAGUCACUUGCUGUGAGCUCUGGUGCAGAUUAAACAAAGCCAUCAAUUGAGUUGGUCGUUUUACCUUCAAUAAAUGUUGACACGGUGUGAGGAACCAC